AUGCCAGGAAUAGCAAGAAUCAAUCUGACGCCUCUGACCCAAAAGAUUAUUGGUUGUGUCAUCGGGGAAAACGUAACGACCGAAUAUCCAUGGGUAUACGUUAAAAAAGAGGACAUCGAAGACAAUUUAGAUCUCCACGAUGAAAGCAGUGAUUUUUUGCCGGUCCGCGAUCACAUCAGCCUUUAUCCGGAUAAAAAUAUCCUCAUCGGUUACUCGCCAACUUCCGACGAUGAAGGACAAUUUUAUAUUUGUCUUACGGAAGCCGGAAGAGACGCGGUCAUUAAAAGCAUCGAGGCAUUGAGAAUCGAUCAGGAGAAUCGAGUACGAAACGCCGUUUAUAAAAUACCUCGCACAUGGCAGGACCUCGGGAGUGGCCAAGAGGUUGACGACGCCAUAGUCAAGAAUACGAGGCCAUUAUUCGAAAUUGAGGUGGAAACGACGUUGGAUUUACUGAAGGUUCCGAUCAAGCUAACCGAUCGUAACGCCGACGAUCAACGAGACGGCUACGUCGAACUCUUGCCUUAUCGACAGAGCUUCGAUAACGUGACAAAGAAAAUCGCGUCAAAGGGCAUACAGACAGGACUUGCACUGCGUGAAAACAAUGCCCAGACCACACCGACGAUGCUCGUCAAUUCGUGGUUUCAAUAUCGUUACGACCACAAACCUAUUAACCCGAAUACCUACGACGAGGAGAAAAAAUCUGCGAUGAAAAAAUUCCUCGACAAGUACACCGACGAUUUGUGCGACGAGGCUUCACAAAAUGCCACUUGGGACAUUUACACGGACGAUUGUUCCAAACUGGUUCGUCGUGUGAGAGACACUUUGGCCCCCAUACCCAUCGCUUAUACCGAGCACCAAAGUUAUUACGAUGGAAAAUUAACCAACGACAGAGUCAUCAAUGACCUCUGCUGGCAUCCAUUCUGGACGGGUGUCGCUGUGGCUGCUUACACAGAAUAUUGCAAAAGCGAUCGUCUCACUGGGCUUUCGUCCCUCGCCGAGGUAUUACCAUCGACGGAAAUGGAAAACCAAGUGCUCGUUUGGUCGUUCAACGAUUGCUUGACACCCAAAUUGAUACUAGAAUGCUCUCGAGAAGUCACCGCAAUUUCUAUUUGUCCUCUCGAUGGAAAUGUCGUUGUGGGAGGAUGCACCAGUGGUCAAAUUGCUAUUUGGACGAUACCCGGUAAGAUCGAAGAAGUGGAAACGAUCGUGAUAAAUACAGCGGCGCAGGUCAAGUAUCGAACAGCGUUGAAACCGUUGAUGUCGUGGAUGAAAGGAUUUGCGAAUUCGUCGAUAAUUCAAGCAGCCGCAAUGUCAUCGAUGCGAUACAGUCAGAGAGGGCCGAUAACGCAAAUAGUUUGGUUUCCGGCGUACAACAGAAUCGAUAAAAACGGUAGAAUCGAAAGUUUGCCAGAGGACACGGCGAGGGAAGAGCUGAGUUGGCAAUUUGCAACGUCGAGUGAAGACGGGACCAUAGCGUUCUGGGAUUUGAGGUUGCAGCCUCCUGAGGAGAAGGAGAAAACUGGGAGCCGAAAUAAGAAAAAAAGAAAAACUAUCAAGCGUCCGGAAGCUCUUCUCCAAUCGAUUUCUCCCUUCAAAUCCUUUGACGGUCUUUUUCGUCCUUUCUAUAUGCUCGAGGUACGACGUCCGGGCGAGGAAAAACCCGUUGUCAUCACGACCAUGAGCAUUCACAAUCCCAUAUUAGAAAAAAAAUUGGACAAUCCAAAACCAAAUCCCAAAGACGAUAAUGUUGGUGUUAGAAAAUAUUACAAAUUAGAAAACUUCAAACCGGAUUACGAUCUCGAACCUUUCAUUUUCAUCGGUACGGUCGACGGCUACGUUGCGCGUUUGUCGUGGGAGGGUUACGAAUUUUCAACAGGUGUAUUCGUCAACCACGAGACCUCGAAAUUUGAGUGGCAAAAUAGUAUUCACGAUGGGCCUGUUACCCACGCUGUUAGAUCGAAAUAUCUCAAAGACGUCAUUCUCACCGUUGGUGGCAAUAUUUUUGCGGUUUGGCGUGAAGAUUUUGAAGAACCAGUUAUUUGGAAAAAGUGCAAAGUCAGAUAUACUGCCUGUUGCUGGGGCACUUUCAGGCCUACGGUUGUAAUAUUGGCACGGGUCGACGGAACUGCCGAGAUUUGGGACUUUAUCGUCAAGACUCACGAGCCAAGUUUCACUCAGGGUCUAUCGGGUCGUAUUAUAACCGGCAUAUACACUCACGAGCUUUAUCUGAAUCCUCAAUGCGUCGCUUUCUGCGACUAUAACGGUACGCUCAGAGUUUUCACCGCACCGCCCGAUCUCCUCACCUUUGAUGCUGGCGACAUUAAGUGGAUGAGAAAAUACGUCGACCGGGAAAUCGACAGAAUUCGUCAGUUCAAACGGUGGCAAAUGUCAAAAAAUGAGGCGAAUCUUGACGCCGCUGAAAAACGAAAAAGGGAGGCUGAUAUCGAGGCUGAAAAGAAGCAGCGUGAAGCAGAAGCAAAAGUCAAAAUUCCGAUGGACCAAAUGAACACGGAGAAGCUCGAAAGGACUCCGAAAAAAAGUGACAGGUCCGGUAAAUUUUUAGAAGACGCUCGACUCCAAUGGAAAGCAAUGGUGCUCGAGCGUAUGCAAAGAGUUAUACUUGAAAAGAAAGGUCUCCGAGAAGACGUUCUCGAGAGACGAAGAGCUCCGUAUUUGAAGUUACGACAGGACGCGAAGAAGAAGAAAAGAAAAAUACGUGAGAUAAUGCAACUGCAAGAUCAAAUAUUCGAGGAGACAAUGGCAUUUUUGUUCCCCGAACAGUAUUAUUACGACCGUCCAGAAACGAAAAUUAUUCAGCUGCCAGAAAUUGAUGAAACGGACGACACAACGCUCACUUUGAAGAAAGUGCUCGAAGAGUUGCCGAAGGCGAGAUUCAAGAAUCCUGAGGAGCAAAUAAUAUACGAUUUUAUGGAGACGCAGAGCGAGGCAUUGGCAGAAAUGAGGGCGAAUCCGUAUGAGCCGGAUUUCGACUGGCGCAAAGUGCUGAGCGAGGGUAAAAUGCGAAGAAAAUCAAUGGACGUCGCGUUGAAAUGGAACGCGGAACAAAACGAGCCGCAUUGGACUGAUGAAACACAAUAA